CAAAAUGAAAACAGUGAGUUCCAUCAGACAUUACACCGGAAAGAUAGGAAAUUCAGAGGGAAUCCGAAAAGCGACCAUAUAAUGAUACGGAAUCGUUUUAAAGGGCUCUGGACAAAUAAUGUGAUGCAGUUUCACAAUGGAAGGUUAACGUCCAUAAGUCCUUGAAUUAGAUCCCAGUAAACUCAAUGAAAGACUGAAGCGUUGCAUGCAAAGGCUUCCGCUAACAAAGGAUGUUAACUGUAACUGCCGCGUCGAAGCUUGAGUUAGCCGCGCUACAUUUAUGAAAAUUAAACUACUGAUCUUGAGGUGCCACGACGGUCAGUCGUUUUGGGUGGGAACGUUCUCCGCACGCUCUGUUAUGACCCCGCUCAUCCUCUGUCUUCAUCUCCCGUAGAAACACAUAAUACACUGUCAACAUGACAUCUACUGCCCAAAUUCUGGCCUUUAAGCUCUCCCAACCCUCUCGGGAUGGGAGUCCAGAUCGUCUGUUCAGCUGUGAUGAGGAGAUUGAACGGCGUUACGAGGUGGUCCCGUCUGUCGUCUGCUCCAUGUGCUGCCUCUUUGGCAUCAUCUACUGCUUCUUCGGGUACCGGUGCUUCAAGGCUGUAAUGUUCCUCACGGGUCUAAUGUUUGGCUCCAUCGUCAUCUUCAUGCUCUGCUAUAAGGAGAGAGUCAUGGAUACUCAGCUCAGCGUGGAGGCCAGCGUGGGCAUAGGCCUCGGUAUCGGCACCCUGUGUGGCUUGGUGACUAUGCUGGUUCGCAGCGUGGGGCUCUUCAUGGUUGGACUUCUCUUGGGCUUACUUGUGGCCCUGGCCUCUCUGGUGGUUCUGGAGGAGUUUUACCACACAAGGACAGUGUGGCUUCCCUUGGGUGUGCUGCUGGGUUCUGGCAUGCUAUUUGCCGUGCUGACGUUACAGUGGCAGCGCUGUUUCACCACCCUCUCCACCGCCGUCUUCGGAUCUGCUGUAGUAACUGUAACUGUGGAUUAUUUUGUCGAGCUGUUCGCUUUGACGCGGUACAUCUUCGAGAGGGUAAAGGUGGACCCGCCUCGCACUGUGUGUUGGUACACGUGGGUGGUUAUGGGAGUUUGGCCCGUGCUGGCGCUGCUGGGUGUUCUGAUUCAGUGGAAGGUCACAGCUGAAGGAUAUUCACACACAGAAGUCUUCAUCAGUCACCAGCAGAGGCGAGUGCAGCUUAUGCGAAUCCGUCAGAAGGAUGAGAGGACCGAGUGUAGGAAAAAGAAGAAAAAGCCACAGAAACAACCUCCGCCGCAGCAGCAGAAGUACCACCACCCUCUGCAGUCCAACCCUAAUCCCCCUAACCCCCCACCCAAAGUCCAACGGCCAGAACCCACACACCGCCGGAAACCAAACACCAUUCGCCGCUUCGAUGGAGAUGUACUUUCACCGAGUUACAUCCAGAACUUCCGUGACAGACGUGUGGACAGGAGAGGAUACUCUCACGACAGGUUGAUUGGCGGCUCGCAUGUUGUAGAUCUGGACUACGACUAUGGCUCCCAAGUGCCCCUGACAGCCCAUACAGGCCCUGUUGUAAGAGGUUGACCACGUUCUCUCCAACUGAACAACUGCACCAACCAGUUUGAGAAGCAACAAGUUUCGGCCGGAUAGAAUCCAGAGCAUGCAGUUACUUUAGCCAUCGGGAUUGCAGAAGGGACUUCCAAUCCCGAAUCGAUUUGCUGUGAUCCCACGCUUUUAUUUAAGUGUAUAUAUAAUGCUACAGAGGUUGAAGCAAAUGGAUCGCUUACCUACAACACUGCCCAGUAGGACACCUGCACUUAGCUUAAUUUGAUAUUGCUGAUGAUGGGUGUGUGUGUCUGCUCCUCUGAGGCACUUCUGCCCAUAUUCGAAAAUACAGAAGCCAUUUUCAAGAGGACGCAAAAUGUUUAAUCUGAGCAUGGGAACAAAUAAUGCAUUGACUUUUACGCGAAUAAACUGCCAUAAAGCAUGCACGGGUUGUCUGCCAGACAAACUGUUCAUUUAUCUAAAUUCAGACUGUAGUCCUCCUAUUCAUUUAUGUUUCGGGUGAAAUUCAUGUUUACAGCACAGGCAGGGAAGAACGUACUGUUUUAUAAUUGUUUGAACGGCUUUAUCUGCUCUGUGUCAUACAACAAUUCUGUCAGACCAUAUACGGUAAAAACAAUCUCUGUUCAGUCUGAGCCGAUCGCUGAAACCACUAGUGCACAAAUAACGAAACAUCUUUGUGUUUAUCUUCAUCGGCCAAUGCAUGUGGAGAUUAAGUGCCAGUUUUUUGUGAUGUAGAGAUGCAAUGCUUUCAUCCUUUAAAUCCAUUUUUAGUUAUAUCUGUUUAAGGCUUAAUUACAAGUGACUGUUUGGGUGGCUCCCGGUUAAAACUCAGGGGCCACGGCAGCCUGGGGAGUCCGGAGCGAACACUAAAGGGUUUGUGUGGAUGAUUUAAAAGUGUCCUUGUGUACUGUGAGACAGAUUCAAAAGUGACUAUGGGAUUAAAGGAAGACGUCUCAGUAGGGUGGAGAGGAUUUAUGAUGGACUUCCCACUGUAAAGGACGCUGUGUAUUUUUGUGUGUGGUUGGAAUGAAACUAAGGGAGAGGAGGAGAGAAAUGGAGUCUAAGUAUGUGUAUGCAGUCCUGAGCAUUGCAAGCUUUUUUUUACUUGAGUUGAGUCUUUAUUUCAGAUUUUCCUUUAUUUUUAGGUGCAGGGUGAUGUCAUACCCAGUUUCUCCUCUGUGUUUAUCAGGUCUGUAAGAGUGAUGAGAAAUCUCGUCUGAUCUCUUUCUCACUCUGCUGUAGUGAAAGGGCUCAACGGGGUCAAUUCCUCUGUGUUAACCGCAUUUUUUAAACUGACUGCUUGGGUCUCUUGUAAAUUUUUGUACAUGUCUGAAUGUAAAUACGUUUACAUGCCAUUCUUUAUUGCUAGUGUUUUGACUAAAUAUUUUUUCUAAUCAGUGAGUGGUUACAUCUGUGUGCUGAAAAAUUGUCUUUGACAAAUCUGUCAUUGAUAGUCAUUUGUAAUUAUAAUUUAUUUCUAAAUUAUUAGAUAGGAACUUCAAGUGGAGCCCUAUGUGUAAUGACAGUGAUGUUUAACAUUAUUAUUAUUCCCGAGCAUGCAUUUUACAGAACUGUUAACCAUAAAUGUUGUGCUCCUGAA